GUUUUACAAGUUUUUCAGUUUACGGAAACACGUUAAAAAGUUACGAAAUCCAGCACCCGCUUUAGUUGCUCCAUAAAGUGUAUUAUAAAGUGCAUAAUACUUAAAUCAUGCGUUUACCUUUUGAAUCAUAUAUAAACUGUUAGUCAAACAGUGAUAGAUAUUGAACGUUUGUAAUUCUUUGUGUGCACGUGGGGACAUUUUUUGUGAUCCCCAUGGGGAUAACGGCUUAUAAGUUUUGUUUUUUGUUUUUUAAUGGAAAAAUGCAGAAAGUUUCUCUGAGGGGUUGCAUUUUAGGUUUAGAGGAUAUACAGUUCGUUCAGUAUUAAAAAUAAUUAUAUGGGAAGUCCCCAUAAAACACGGGAACCCAACGUGUAUUUGUGUCUGGAGGAAGGAAAAGUGCACUGAUCUCUCCGUAAUUAGGGAUGAUGACGUCGACACAGUCUCUACAGCUGGGAGUGAAAAGGUUGCAGAAGCAAGGUCUGCAGGAAUAAAACUCGCGAUGCUGUAAUGAGAGAUGAAGACAAAUGAUAACGCGCUUCAUAUCCGUUUGACUCUCAUCACGGAGAUCUAAGAAUAAAAUCCGUGCUCAUACGGAUAACAAAGUGACGCAUAGAAAAGUUUAAAGAGCAGACUAAAAGAGAGAGAAAGAGAGAGAGAGUUUCAUCUCAGUGUAGCUGCAGUCCUCCGCUGCUGAAGAAUGAUGACGAGCAGCAAAACGACUCUUGCUUUCCUCAUCUACGGGCUCCUCGUACAAUGCCACGUGUGUUCGCCGUUGACUUACCCGAGCAUCAGGAUGGAGACCGCAGGAUUUAACGAGGAGGGACACUCGUUAACGGAUCUGACCUUUGACAGUGACCAGAUCUCUAUUCGAAGCUCUCCUUCAGUCACUGAAGACGCACUCACGUUAUACAGUCCUCCAUCGAAAAGACUGGAAAGGCACGCUGACGGGAUGUUUAAUAAAGCCUACCGGAAAGCGCUCGGUCAGUUAACCGCGCGGAAAUACCUGCACACACUGAUGGCCAAACGCGUUGGGGGAGGAAGCACGAUGGAGGACGACACCGAGCCGCUCUCAAAGCGUCACUCGGACGGGGUUUUCACCGACAGCUACAGUCACUACCGGAAGCAGAUGGCCGUGAAGAAGUAUCUGGCCGCAGUCCUGGGCAAAAGCCCUGAAGACUUAGAUUUGCACCAAUUGCUACAAGACGUAGACUUUGCUGUGUUCCCGGAUGGGGAUGAGAUUGAGGCAUUUUUAUUGGAUUGGCUGAGACAGUUCCCUCCUGAAUUCCCGGUGAGUUUCUAA